UCACUUUGCCCUCAAGUAAAUUAUAAGAUUAAUCUGAGCUGAGCCUGGGGCAGUUUGAAACUUCAACUGGAUCGAUAAGCUGAGACCUGCACAAAACACACAUCCAAUCCCAGUGGAUCCCGGCAAGAAGAGCUAGCUGGCGUUUCUCGGCCGAAGACCACGCGUGGCUCCUGGGAACUGCCGCGGGGCAGUGGAGAAUAGCUGGUGUGCCGGUGGCGGUGUCGGCUCAGUCCAGAUGGCGACUGGGGCUGAAGUGCGACCCUGCUCCAUGUAGCGGUGGAGAUACAGCCGGUCACCCCAGAUUUUAAUUGGAGCCCAGAAGGGGAGGAACUGGUGCUGCUAGAGCGACGAGGAUGGGUCAGUCAGGAAGGCUACUGUCCCAGGCUGAGUGCGGGCACACGCCGCCCCCGGGAGCCCCCUAGCCUGCGCAGAACUUGGGGGGCCUCGGACGCCUGCAGCCGGAAGGUGGAAACCGAUCACGGGUUUCCCGAGGAGGAAGACAACGACCCCAGCCUCAGGAGCCCUUUAUUCUGAGUCUAGGAGCCACAUUCCUGCUCUCAGGCGACUCAAAGCCGAUUCCAACAAGCCGGUGUCCCGAGAACUUCCCGGCCGGAGGCAGCCAGCCUCGCGCGGGGGGCAAGUGGGCGCAGUGGAGGCAGAAACAGCAAGCAGCAGCAGGGCUGGGCGGAGGCGGUUAGGCUUUCCGACUUAGGCCAGGUGGGCUCCUCGGGCUCCGGGGCCCGGGUGCUGGGGUCAGCGCCCGGGCCCUUUGCAGCCAGCUACACCCUCCCCCUUCCCUGCGGGCUUUUGCGCACGACGCGCCGCUUCACACGGGGAAGCGGGGACUUGAUAAAGCCAGCGGGCGCGGGGCGCAGCUGCCGGCGUCGUGGGGGCAGCAGCGGUAGCGACAGCGGGACGACCCCUCGGCGGCCCCGGCGCGGUCUAGGCGGGAGCGGACUCGAGGCAGGGCGGGCGGCCGGAGCUGCGCGCACGGCGCUGGCGGCCGGUGAGCACUCGCCGCUGGAGAGCCCAGCGCGCGACUCCAGGGAGCACGUGGCAGGGCGCGCGGGGCCGCAUGAAAGCGGGCGAGAGGAUGCAUCUGUUGGACAGCAAGCUUGCAGUUGGGACUUACACAACUCUGUGGCAGGAUGGGACCAGCGGCAUCCCUGCGUCUUCACCUGGCCUGGCCUUGCAGCCCACUGAGCUGGCUCCCCAGAGCAGCCAUUACUGCCAUUCCCAGAAGGCUCCUGGCAGUCACGGUGACCCCAAGAAGAGGGCCUGGCGCCAGCUCUGUGUGGCUUCUGCCUUCUGCCUGUUGUUCAUGAUUGGGGAAGUCAUCGGUGGGUACCUGGCACAUAGCUUGGCGAUCAUGACAGACGCAGCCCACCUGCUCACUGACUUUGCCAGCAUGCUUAUCAGCCUCUUCUCCCUGUGGAUGUCUUCCCGGCCAGCCACCAAGACCAUGAACUUCGGUUGGCAUCGAGCUGAGAUCCUGGGUGCCUUGCUCUCUGUGCUGUCCAUCUGGGUCGUGACGGGGGUGCUGGUGUACUUGGCGGCGGAAAGGCUGAUUUCUGGAGACUAUGAGAUCAAGGAGGAGACCAUGCUGAUCACGUCGGGCUGUGCUGUGGUUGUGAACAUCAUAAUGGGGUUGAUUCUUCACCAGUCUGGCCAUGGACACAGCCACAACCCCGAGCACGGCCACAACGCCAGCCAGGAGCAGGGAAGCCCUAGUGUCCGAGCUGCCUUUAUUCACGUCAUUGGAGACUUUCUGCAGAGCUUGGGCGUUUUGGUGGCAGCCUUUAUUUUAUACUUCAAGCCAGAGUACAAGUUUAUAGACCCCAUCUGCACCUUCCUGUUCUCCAUCCUCGUCCUGGGGACAACCUUGACCAUCCUGAGAGACGUGAUCCUGGUGCUGAUGGAAGGGACCCCCAAGGGCGUGGACUUCACAGCCGUGCGGAAUCUGCUGCUGUCCGUGGAGGGCGUGGAAGCCUUGCACAGCCUGCACAUCUGGGCGCUGACCGUGGCCCAGCCUAUCCUGUCUGUCCACAUCGCCAUCGCUGAGAAUGCAGAUGCCCAGGCUGUGCUGAAGGCAGCCAGUGACCGCCUGCAGGGGAUGUUCCACUUCCACACCACGACCAUCCAGAUCGAGGACUACUCUGAGGACAUGAAGGACUGUCAGUCAUGCCGGGGCCCCUCGGACUGACCACUCGACCAGGCAUCAACAGGGCAGGGACAGGCCUGCCGAUGGCUGGACUGAGUGUCCCCCGCCGACCCCCAGGCUCAGCCAGGUCUUUGCCUGCCCUGGCUGGGUUAUGAACCAGGUCCUCCUCCUGACCGCUGCUCCAUGUUCAGUGACGAGGGGCCUUGUCCAGAAACGGGCUCCUCCCUUGCCUCCCUCAUCUGACUACUGCCAGCCCCAGGAGGGGAACCCGGCAGGUAUGGAGCUGGUGUGACCGCGCUCCUCCAGCUCCCGGCGGGGCAGAGUUCGGGCCUAGUCCUCAGCUAAUGCCACCCAACUACCAGCCUCUGGAAAGGCAGUGAGGCACGGAGAGAGGUGACAGGGGAGACUGGCCUCAUUGUCUCCUCACCUGCCUGCCUAACUCCCCAUUUUUGGUCUGUCUGGCCUCUGCCUUAUGCAUCUGCGAAGCAGCUCUGUGAAGCAGCUCUGCGAACCGAGUCCCCUUCCUAUGCCUCCGACAAUACGCUUUAAGGAGGCCAUAGGCCCCAGAAAUCAGGAUCCAGGGGGCACCUGAGGCUGAUCUGUGCCUGAAUCAUUUCACUUUGAUUUCAUUUCAUGUUUCCUUUUCCUGGAGGGAGGGGGCUUCUGACUAGGUAAGGACCUGCUGGGUUCCUCUUUCCUUAUCCCACCCUCACCCAAGAAGCUGUGACAAUGCAAAGGUGCCCUGGCAUGAGAGGUGGAGGUGGGUGGAGCCCCAGAGCUCCCCGGCCACCCCUCUUGCUCUGAUCGUGUCCUGGGGUCAAGGAGCCUGACAUCAGAUAUGGUUGGGCCGGCUCUGUUGCCAGCAUGUCCUGGCCUGCUCAGAACUUGGGGAUGGACGACAAAGCAGGCACAACCCAAACAGGAGCCCCCGGCUUCCUGAAUUAGAAGGUGGUUCAUGCUUCCGCGAUGAAGUGGAGGGACGUGUCCCCAGUCUGUGUUGCAGAGGAGGCGCGCUCCCAGGCGGCAGGCGGCCCUGAUCUAGUGGUCUGUCUUGCCCUCAGGCGGGUCAGGGCCUGUCUCAUCUGUGGACUGAGAACGUGGACACCCACCUCACAGGGUUGUUGUGAGGCUUGGAGCCAAAGUGGGCUGAGCACAUGGUGGUUGUGGAAGAGUGGCUCCUUUUCUCAUCAUUCUGGAAGGAUGGCCAGAGGAGCCAGGUGCGCUCCCAGCCUCCUGGGGCAGCAUUGGGUUUGUCUUGACCCUGUCCUGACCUAUGGUGGGAGCAGGAGGGGCUGGUCACUCUCACCUUCCCCUCUGAGCCUCUCUCUUCCCAUCAGUGAAAUGACCUCUUUGUGCCUUUUCAGCACUCCCAUCCAGGGUUGCCUGUGAUCUCAUUCUAUCUGCAGGUUCUUCAGCCCCUUAAAAUCGGGGGGAAGUUGUGUUGGCUUG